AAGCGGAACCUGAAAGCUUACCUCCCCCACCCGACCUAUUCCAGCAAUAUUAAUUCUUAAUUCAUUCGAUCCUAGCAGACAUCUCAGCUAGUUUCGCACUAGUUCAUCGGGCUCUCAGGUUUUUGAUCUGUUGCUUCGUAAUUGAGAGUGCGUUCGAAAGAUUCGAAAUUAACAUGGCUGCUGCAAAACCACAGUUGCGCGGUCUUCUGGCCACCAGCAUGAAAAAGCACGGGAUCAUGACUUUGAUAGUGGGUUUGGGCACGGCUUUUGCUUUUAAAUUUUUAUAUGCUGAUCCUAAGAAACAGAGAUACGCCGAUUUUUACAAGACAUACGAUGCGGAUAAAGCUUUUCAAGUAAUGAGGAAUGCUGGAUUGCUUCAAUCUGUUGGUCCUGAGUGAAGGAGUAUUUAUUUAAUGUAAAAUGUUUAGAUUCUAAUGGGCUGGACCCGCCGACAGUCUGCCCUACUGUACACUUAAAUAAAAUACCUUAAAUAAAA